AUGGUUGUGCUCAUGUUUGCUUUAAUAGAACAGAGUAGUAUGAUGUCCCCGGGGUAUGAGGAUUUGCUGGACGUGUGUGACUCAGAAGCACUCAAAGCCCUUUGGCAUGCUUCUUUUCUUGGGACUAAACUUCUAGGACUAGUAUCAGAUCAAUGGAAGGAGAUGGGAUGGCAAGGGAAAGAUCCAUCCACAGAUUUUAGGGGUGGAGGCUUUAUCUCUUUGGAGAAUUUACUUUACUUUGCUAAGAACUAUCUAAAAUCCUUUGAGCAGCUCCUUUGUAAGCAAAAUGGUGACAAAGCAUUGUGGGAAUAUCCAUUUGUUGUAGCUGGAGUAAAUAUUACAUUUAUGCUCAUUCAGAUGCUUGAUCUUCAAGCAGGUUUGUACUUUACACUUUUCUGUGCUUCUUGAUUAGUUGAUAGAUUUACUUCUAUGUAAACCUUCCCUCGGGCAAAUUUUCUAAACUGUGAAACUGGUUUUACAAUUGCAAAUAACAUAUUUCUCCAACAUGAUUCCAAGUCUGAAUUCUUUAGUCAAGUCUUCGUUUGCAAUGACGCUGAUACGUCUCCAACAUGUCUAUAAUUUUUGAUUGCUCCAUGCUAUAUUAUCUACUGUUUUGGACAUUAUUGGGCUUUAUUAUCCACUUUUAUAUUAUUUUUGAGACUAACCUAUU